AGGUACCAUUCUAAUCGUGCUGGAACCAUUCUCUCUAUUAGCUUUCCGAUGCAAUGGCUUGCAAUCAUGCCGGACACCACGUACCGCAUGUGCGGAUUCGCGAGCGGCCUCGACUGGCGGCCCGUCAACUUCAAGCAGCGCCUGCAAACCACCAGAGUCUGCCGGCUUUGUGGAGUCGUGCCGCAAAGCAUAGCCGUGCUGCCUUGUACGCACUUCCUGUGCGACUCCUGCCUGGACGGAUGCGCCAGUGGGGAUCGCCACGCCUGUCCACUGGACAAGAUCUCGUUCGAGGCCGAGUCGGACGUCUCUUGGAUAAAGUUUCACCAGAAGCACAUGGAAAAGCUGCAGGUAAGCUGCUGGAACGCCCACAACGGGUGCAACUUCGUAGGCCCAGCCGUGGAGCUGCUGGAGCAUUUCGAGAAGCACUGUUCCUUCCAUGCCACCACGUGUCCUGGCUGCCGGGACACAGUGCUGCGUAAGGACCUGCCGAGGCACUAUGCAGCUGGAUGCAACGGCAUUGCUUCACUACAAUCUGGUGUAGCCGGGAGCAUCUCCUCACUCGGCAUAGCCCAACCCAAUGCUAAAGACGCCGGAGUGCGUGAAGUGGCGGCCGACUGCUCUUGCCACGACAUGCUGACGUCCAUUCAGGGCCGAGUCAACGACCUCGCCGAGACCCUGGCGAAACUCAGUUCCAGGCAACUUCAAGAGGAAGCGAUUCACACGGACCCGAGCACCAGCCGGGGCGCAAUGAGACGACCGGCCGGGGCCUCUGUGCACGAUCUGACGUCGUUGCGGGGAACCGCGGAUCUCCGGGAUCUCGUGUCAGCGCUGAACGAAAUGAAGGUCGUCGUGACACAGGGAUUCCGGAAGAUGGAACGAAGAGUGCGGACGGAGGACCUCCAGGGUGGCACGUCGUCGACGCAGCGCUCGUGUUCUCAGGGGGCGGUCACCAGCCGGCCAGCAGAGAGUCUACUGGCUACCCGGUCUGGACUCCUCCAAAUGGCGGGCAGUUCUGGUGGACACCAUGACGUCCAGAGCAGUGAGACUUCUGAAGAACUCUUUGUGUUCAGCGUGCAGUAUAAGCCGUGGUUGGUGGCGGAGAAGAGCAAGGGGCUGAAGAUAGUCUGGCACCAGAUUUUUGCCGGCGGCGAAGAUACCGGCGUGUGCGUCAGGUGCGUGGUGCAGAGGAACGCGGGCUUCGUCGCCGUCUACGCGAUGUCUACGAUGCCUGCGAGGUGGAAACUGCCAGUCGUGCGGCCCUUGCGCGCCGAAGAUUUGAGUUCGCCGCACUUGAGGGAGUGGAUCGUUGAAAAAGCGAAGGAGCCGAGUCGCGAGUUCCUGCCCGUGUCGGCCUACGCUCCGGACUUGCGCUUGCGGUGUCUGCUGGACGCGUCCGCCCUGGCGGGCAAGACGAACGCGGAGGGUGAAAUUCGAGUAGAUUUUCUCGUGAUACUGGAACGGCGUUUUGCCGCGACCGCGGCGAGAGAUCAAGAUGGCCGCUGCGUGUGCCCCUUGGAUAUGAAGACAUUCGAAGAGGACGAGUGCUCGUGGAUUGACUUCCCUGCCAGGAGAGCGAUAAAUCUGAAGUGCCGGGCAGGCUCUGUCGACAAAGUUGGCGGAAGCGUCUGCCCCCUGGAUGGAGAACCCUUCCGCGUAGACGAGUGCCAGAAGUUGCAGCUUCCGGAGAGGAAGAAGCAGAAGUUGAAGGCCCACUGCUGGAACGAAGUCCACGGCUGCGAUUUCGUCGGCCCCCUGGCGGCGCUCCUGGGACACUUCGAGGCAGAUUGCGCCUUCCACACUUCUCCGUGUCAACGUUGCGGCGAGAACGUUCCCAACGCUAAGCUGGCCGCCCACUACAUUGGCGGGUGUAGUACUAACAACUUAUCAUCUGCGACGCUCGUUGAGUCCUCGACACGAGGUGAAGCCGCCACCUCCUCCUCCGCUACCGGUGACGUCACUGCGAGUGCGCAAGGGAUCGACGGCAAAACAGGGAACCGCUACGAAGACGACAUCCCGGCGCUACAGAGCCAAGUGAACGAACUCGCGGAGGCUGCAACAACCCAAGGCGCCCAGCUGCGAGCGUUAAACGCCACGCUAGCGCUCCAGAUUCUGAACGCCAGCGUGGUUGCGGCCGCCGCAAAAUUCACGGACGCUAUCGGCGAGGCCUCGCAGCUGCAUCAACGCACACUCGCUCCGAGAGAGGAGGAAAGUUCUCGGGCACAUGAUGCUGGGGCGAUUGCAAGCGCAAGCUAUUCGGGCGCAAGGCCGCCAAGGCGGAAGGAGGCGACGGUCAUCCUUCAAAAUUUAGUAUUCCUCGCUGCCCAGUCUCUGUGGUGCCUCGAACGCCUACUCAAGACCUUCGGCUCCUGUGGGCCUUGCCUCUCCGUCACUGCCAUGUCUGCUCCUCAACGGCGAGCUCUGCACCGAGUGUGCGGAUGGGCGAGCGGCGUCAACUGGCGCCCGACGCGGUUCGUGGACGAGCUGAUGAUGAGUCGUUACGCCUGCAGCGUGUGCGGCGUGAUUCCAAGCACGACGGUCGCGUUGCCCUGUCGUCACGCACUGUGCGAGCAGUGCCAGGCAGGCAGCGUCGCCCAAGAUGGCGGAAGCGUCUGCCCCCUGGACGGAGAACCCUUCUGCGGCGUCGCGUGCCAUAAGUGGCAGCUUCCGGAGAUCAAGAAGCAGAACCUUGAGGCUUACUGCUGGAACCAAGGCCACGGCUGCGAUUUCGUCGGCCCCCUGGGCGUGCUCCUACAACAUUUCGAGGCAGAGUGCGCCUUCCACGUUUCUCCCUGUCAACGUUGCGGCGAGAACAUUCCGAUCGCCAAGCUAGCAGCGCACUACAUCGCCGGGUGCGGUGCUGGCAACGCCUCAUCUGUGAUGCUCGCCGAAUCCUCGCAUCACAGUCAAGGCGCUGCCGUUGACAUCACUGCAGCAGCACAGGGGAUCGAGGGCGAAACAGAAAACCGCUACCAAGAAGAAAUCCCGGCGCUUCAAAGCCAAGUGAACCAACUCGCUGAGGCUGCAAGAGCCCAAGGCACCCAGCUUCGAGAGUUAAACGCCACGCUAGCGGUUAGCCUCGAGACUCUGAACACCGCCGUGUGCGCAGCCGCCGAGAAAUUAUCGGACGCUAUCGGCGAAGCUUCGCAGCUGCACGAACGCGUCCGCGCUUCGAGAGAGGAGGAAAGCUCUCGGGCACAUCAGGCUGAGGCGACUGCCAGCGACUCGGACGUGCCACUGCAAGACGAAGCUAUGGAUAUCCUUCAAAGUUUGGAAGUUCUCGCUGCCCAGUCUCUGCGGUGCCUCGAAUGCUCAGUCCCACAGCACGAUGGCACGGUGCACAAACGGGGACUUCGUAUUUCGCUGGAGUCUCAAAGUGGGACACCCACGCGUUGGGAUGGUCGCACGUGCACGCCUCGCUGUGAAAACGGGAAGGAAAUAGUUUACGCGGUCGUUGCGUUGGCUGCCUCGACGCUCGACGUGUCUGGCAGCUCUACCUUGUUCGCUCUGUUUCGUUAUCGUCGCGCUUGGUGCAAUGUGACGCUUGGCAAACACCUUGAUCGUGUAGAUACAUGGGCGCUGAGGUUAAUUUGGAACACGUGCGCAGCUGACAGCUGUUUACCGCAUGUAGUUUCUGUAGAACCGACAACGCAGCAGUCUCCGUGUGGUUUCUCACGACCACGUGAAACUUACGACCCGUGGCAGCAGGUUUUCUAUAUUCGUACCUCCGAUAGUAAAAGCCACACUCCGCCCUUGCUUGACUUUCGAAUCGUCAUACACGACUGUGAGUGACGGCACCCAGCUAAGCCCGUCACGUGUCGCGGCUUCUCUCGAAGUCCAGCUCUGCCACGAGGGCGUCUAAACCACCUUUGAUAACCUGCUGCAUGUUGGCGCUGAUUUCAAUGUCUUACUUUCUGAAUAAAAAUUACUGUGUGGCACUCUC